AAGGAAUACCCACCAGGAUCGUGCCAGGAUAUUCAAGUAUUCCUUGGGUUCUGUAACUUCUAUAGAAGAUUCAUCCAAGGGUAUUCGCGCAUUGCCAGGCCACUUACAAGCCUAAUAAAGGGCAGUAAGGACGGCAAGGAAACCGGAGAUUUCCAUAAGAAAUGGGGUAGCAUUCAGCAGGAGGCAUUCCUUGAGUUAUUGAGUGCUUUUGAAACUAGACACCAUCUAGAGGGUAGUAAGUACCUAGUCGAGGUAUUGAUGGACUAUCACAACUUGCAGACGUUCAUGAAGCAGUCUAGGCUAAAUGGUCAUCAAGCACGAUG